UGCAGCUCGACCUCGAGAGGCGAAAGCAAGAUGGCGACUAAAAUAAUCAAAGAGAGCGCCCCUCCGUUUGAUUGUCCAACAUGGGCAGGGAAGCCGCCCCAGGGGCUCCAUCUGGACGUGAUGAAGGGAGACAAGCUGAUCGAGAAACUGAUCAUAGAUGAAAAGAAGUACUACUUGUUUGGGAGGAACCCCGACUGGUGUGACUUCACCAUUGACCAUCAGUCGUGCUCGCGUGUUCACGCUGCCCUAGUCUACCACAAACACCUGAAGAGACUCUUCCUAAUAGACCUCAAUAGCACACACGGUACUUUCCUCGGACACAUCCGUCUCGAGGCACACAAACCUCAGCAGGUUCCCAUAGACUCCACAAUAUCCUUCGGGGCUUCAACGAGGACCUACACAAUCAAGGAGAAACCCCAGACCCAAGGCAGCGCAGGAACAGGAGACAGCAAGACAGGAGACGAUGAGGAGCUCAAAGGCCUGCUGGGGCUUCCAGAGGAGGAGACAGAACUGGAGAACCUGACAGAGUUCAAUACGGCUCACAACAAGAGGAUCUCCCUCCUGACAAUCGAGGAAGGUAACCUGGAAAUCCAGAGGCCGAAGAGGAAACGAAGGAACUCCAGAGUUACCUUCAGUGAAGAAGACUCCAUUAUUAACCCAGAGGAUAUCGAUCCCUCGGUCGGGCGCUUUAGAAAUAUGGUGCAGACCGCCGUCAUCCCAAUCAAGAAACGGAGGUCGGAGGGCCAGAACACUCUGGGUCUGGACGACUUUGCGUCGAAGCGCAUGCACGGCUACAGCCUGAGCGGGGGCCUCUACGGCGACCUGCCUCCCACCAGCCACGAGAACCAGCCGACGGGAGCCCCGGGAGGCGCCGCCAUGCAGGGAGGGCUCCCCCUGCCCUUCCCCAACCCGGCGCCCGAGGUGGACCUGGCGCCGGAGGCCCCGCAGCCCCCCGUCACCCUCAACCCCACCCCCGUCACGGCGCCCUACCUACCAGAGACCCACAACGAGCCGCGCAAAAAGAAGUACGCCAAAGAGGCUUGGCCGGGCAAGAAGCCCACCCCGUCACUACUUAUCUAACCAGUUUGGAAAAGCUGCUGUCUCUCAGGUUCCCAGCAGAUACAUCAGGGACUGUGACCUGGCAGAGGUGGAGCCGUUCACUUCUAAUGUCUUCUUUUCCUUUUUUUUUAUUUUGAUUUGUUGUGUUACACUUUGUUUUUAUAUAAAAGGCCCCACACAGUGUCUCUGUGGUCUGUCACAAGAUAUCAAUAUCUCACAUUUACUAAUAAUAAAUAGGCCUAAAAACUCAUCAAUACACACACGUUGACAGUAACAAUGAUGGGUCGCUGGGUUGCUUUCGAUGGAUUUGGUUUGAUAAUGUCCAAUUGUGUUGUUCCAGUAUUUUUUACACUUCUUCAGAAUGUUGAUAGUGCUAUUAAGAAGAAAAGGAAAAAAAAAGAAAAAAGAAACAACCUACUUUUAUAUGAAAUAGUCUACUGUGAGACGUCGGGAGCGUCAGAGGCUCCUGGUGCGGAUGAACAUUAUUAUCCUAACAUAGGGCUGUUUUUAUCUUACAUUAUUAAAUCCCCCAAAAUAUAAUGUGAUCAACUGAAGUACAAAUUUUCCAUUCCUUGUCUGAGACCAAUGUCAGGUCGGGUAGAAGAGCUGUCAUUUCCCCCCUCGAGCCUCCAGAGGGAGACUUGUGCACAAGGUCAGAGUUUCAGAGGUUUGGCUGCUGCUGUUGAUGCAGUCUGUACUAACCUCAGCCGUAGUGACGGUCGUGUUUAUGGCCUCUCAUGACUGUAGUGCAGCGAACUUUGAGUCAUUCAUUUAGAUUCUGGUGCAGGUUAAAGGUUAAAGCCAUUUCUCCUCUCUGAACAUGAAGUUUAAUGUUUGUCUGUUGGCUUUUUCUGCUUGCUGAGUUUUUUUUUUUUUUUUUGAUUGUCUUUUGCCCAUUUUCACCACUAGUUUACUGUAAAUAACACUUUACAGUUUUGGACACGUCCGUUAUAGAGUGGAGUGGGUUCUAGCACAGUAACAAAUAUUAAUCAUACAACAGAGUAAAGCUUUAGACAGGUUUCAGUUUAGCCUCUUGUUAAUGGUCAUGUAGCAACAAGCAUCAUUAAACUGUUCAUUAUUGUCAUACUUCUAAUCAACUGGCUGUUAUUGCUUUAUAAACUGUGUCCUUCGGUUCUAAAAGAGAGUUUGAAAUGAUGCUGUGUUUUGCAGUUUUAUUCUUUGAAAUUUCUGCACUUUGAAGAAAUUAGUGGAAUCAAACAGGAAACGAAACACAGAUUUCUUUACAGGUUUAUUAGUGUUGUUUCAGCCCCCCUUUAAAACAUGUCGUGUAUAAUUGUAGGUUACUUUUAGAUCAGUUUAUACUCUACUGUAACAACCUGUUUGUAAUCAAUCUUUGCCUCACAUAUGGUGUUUUUUUUUUUUUUUUUAACCCAUCUUGAGUAAAAGUGAGUCCUUAUGACUUGACAGUCUGGAAGAGCCAAUUUAUCCCAGCAUAAAAAGCCAUCAGAAACAGAAAUACAGUUAUCGGUCAAGGCUUAUAGGAAAACUAAAGGAAUAAAGAGUAACGGAGGGCUGGAUGAGUUGAUAAAACUCAGAAAUAUAGCAUGCCUUUUAAUUUGAGGUACCCACUAAAAAAGAAGAAAUCCUUUCCAGAAAUCUUAAGUGGUUGUUUUAUAGGAUCUUUAAUGAAGCAGAAGGUUGAAAAGCUGAGAUUUAAGGAGAAAGAUAUUAUUUUAACAACAUGUACUGCUGACUUUUUGUCCAUGUGGGCUUUUAUAAUAUCAGUGUAAAUAAAAAGCAUACUUUUGAC